UGCGCCCGGGGGUAGCGGGCUGCGGGGGCGGGAGGAACCGCUGGGAUCUCGGCCGCAGCACCAGACCCCGGCCCGCCUCUGUCCUGGUCUCGGCCGAGCCCAUUGGGGAUGGCUGGGGUGGCCGUGCACGCUCCGCGACCCUUUUGCGCCCCACCUCGCCGUUUCAGGAACUGCACGACCCUGAAUCUGCACCGACUUCGCCCGACACAUGCCAAAACGAGCCGGAAGCUCGCCCUGGGGUCCAAGCCCAACCCAGGCCCCUUCUCCGCACCCUGACCGCGAUGACUCUCCAGGGGUCGACACUGUCUCCCCGACAGGCCGAGAAGCCAGGGGGACCUGCGUGGGUCAGGGUUCCAGGUGGCUGAGGACACCUGUGGUCCCGCAUGGGGAGGCGCCUGAGGGUCAGUGUCUGUUUGGAACCCGCUGUGGCUCGCCCUGCCUGCGGACAGAGUGCCAACUCCAGGAGCGGCCAGGGGUCGUGAGCCAGCUGCACCCGCCACCCAGACCUGCCCCCUCUCGGCCCGCAGACUGGCCUGUCAACACCCACAGCCUCUUGUGCCUGCACUGCGAUGUCCCGACUAAGGACAUGCACCUACUAAGCUGUAUUGCCAAGGGACUUCCUCCCAGACGCCUCUCCGCCCCCAAGCUGCAGCUGCCCGUCUGCGGGCUGGCCGACCCCAGCACAGGGGCCAUCUGCUUGGGCGGGGCCGUGGCCAGGACAGGCUCUCCCCUUCGCCCGCCCUCCCGCCUUCCUCUCUGCCACUCUGGGCCCAUCUGGUCUGGUGCCCUGGGGAGCCCCGGGGAGGCCAUAUCUCCUUGGGGACGGCCUCACAGUGUCCCAGGGACUGAGGAAGGCCCCCUGUGCCCGCCUUUCACACCCUGAUUUCCACCCCGACACCACUGUUGGUCGUGGGCCCAGCCCGGUCCAUGGGGGUGUGAGGACCUGCCGGCCCCCUUCCACUCUGGAGCCUUCUGAACACCUCCUGUCCUCGAGCAUCAUCCCCAGGAGAACACCUGCCCUCGACCAGGGGCUGGCCUUUCAGGUACGCCCUUGGCUGGGAGGGUGACACCAAGUGAUGAUGAAGGCCUCUCCGAGGACAUGAUGCUUCAGCCCAAACCCAGGACAAAGCCCCGCACAGGAGCACAGAGACAGGAAAGGGCAGGAGCGGGGGCCGGCGGCCUCGGGGUGAUGGACGUGGCGGGCCCAGACCUGCAGGCCAAGGUUCGGGGGGUGCCAGGCCGGGAGGGCUGUGGAGCCCUGAUUUCUGGCAAGGGGGCUCCCAAGCCAGCCCGCCAGCCAAGGCCACCUGCUCCUCCGCUGCUAUUGUUCUGCCUUCCCAGGGGAAGCGCGGCGGGCCUUGUUAGCUGUGUGGGGGAGGCCUGAGUCGGCAGAAGUCAGUUUAUCUCAAGCAGCUGCCGGCUGACCCUGCACCGUGGCAACCCGGUGACCUUCCAGGGAUGAUCUAAAUUUAGGCUCCAGAUUUCAGAGGACUGGGCUGUGGGAAGCCCAGUUAAGGGAUUUCGUCUCAGGAGCGGUGUGGGGGGAAUGAGAAAUAAGACCGCUUCUGUCUUUUGGCUUUGAAAUAGUUAAGGACGUUUUCCUCGGGGCACUGAGCACUGCUGGGCCCUUUCCUGGCGCAACUGGUGUUCUCGAGGCAGUUCCCCAGCAGUGCCAGGCCUGCCCCGGGCCCACGGCGCCCCGUGUGGGGGGUGGCCGCCGUGCCCAUCCCAGGGUGCCCGUGACAAACAGCUGGCGAGCACAGUUCAGACGAGGGAUCGGGGCUCUCCCUGCCCCGUCCCGCCGCUGGUGAGAAGGAAGCCCCCCACGGUGGAGGCUGCGAGGAUGGAGGGAGGCAGCCACCGAGCCGGACCCUCUGCGACGCUUCCUGAUCCCUCCGGGUCCCUGAGACGGCCUCCCGGCUCCCGCGGCCCUCGCGGCUCAUCCACAUCACUCCUGUCAGAGCAGGCACUGCUGGCCAGCCAGCUGGCAGAACAGCAGGGCGCUGUGGCUUCACCUUCCCCAGCGGGCAGGGGAGCCCCCCAGCAGCAAGGGGCCCUGUUGGAGUGUGCAGCCCCUGUACCCGCGCUGACAGCCCUGGACGGGGUCUCUCGGGGGCUCCACGCACUAGCUGCCGUGACCUGCACCGCUUCCUGGCCUCGCUGCUCACCUGUCCGCCGCGUGCUGCAUUUUGCAACUAUUUUAUACUCUUUCCACUUGAGAUCAGUAGAGUGACUCUGGGUCCUUUUUCAUCCGGCUUGGUAUUAUGAACACAGCCCUACUCUGUCAGGUCCCCUGCUGCCCCAGGAGCCGCCAGGAGCCGGGAGGGAGCCCUCUGCCCGCCCUUGCCCGGAGUGUGGCUGUGACCGAGUGUCUGGCUCAGGGUGGACACUGGAUUCACAGUAUAUUGGUGAAGACCAUCUUGGUAAUUAUGCAACCAUCCCUCAAGACACCGUUUCAGAAAUAACAAUUCUUCUAUUGUAAAUAAUGCCACGGGGAAUGUCAUUAUUCACGAGCCUUGGUAUUUCGGACAAUUUCCUCAGGAAAAUCUCCUCCAAGUGGCAUUUCUGGCUCACACCCCAGAGGGCGUGUCCCCUACACCCCGGUCUGCAGAUGAAACUUCCCUGAAUGUCACCAGUUCUAGGCGGCCACGGCUUUUAAACCUGAUGGAUUGCACACGUACAACAUGGCACCUUUAAUGUGUGUAUCUUUACACAGUAAGGAAGUUACAUUUGUUUUUCAAUUUACACAGCUCAGUUUUAUUUCCUCUUUGGUGAAGUGUCUGUACCCACAUAGAGCCUUGGUGUUUUCUCACUGUAUACAUUAGAAACAUUGUUAUAAUAUAUGUGACAUAUACUGUUUUGCUGUUUUCUACUUAACCUAUUAAUGAUUUUUUUUUCAAAAUGUUACAGAAGUUUGAAUUUUUGAGUGUUCAAAUCUAUUAAGGUUUUCCCUAUGCACUGUUUGUCUUUAGCCAUCAAAAACUCCGUGUAUAUCCAGAAAAUUCAAGUAAGUUAUGGUCUCUUACAAUUUUCUCCUGUGUCUCUUCCUGUCAAGGAGGGCUUCUGAUUCUGAUCAAGAUGCACAGGACUGAUUGGAGAACUUUGCUCAGGAGCAAAAGGGUUGGGGGGGGCGGGCGGCAGGUAGGAAUGAAUAAAUUUAAAGCUAGGACAACAGGAUUAUUCCAUUUGAACAAGAUUUCUUUCUUUUUUUUUAAAGGAACUUGUUUUAGUUGCGGCAUGCAAACUCUCAGUUGCGGCAUGUGGAAUCUCAUUUCCUGACCAGGGAUCAAACCCGGGCCCCCUGCAUUGGGAGCGUGGACUCUUAGCCACUGGAUCACCAGGGAAGUCUUAGUGGUCACCUUCGAAAGGCAAUAACCUCCAAAGUUCCUAUGCUUGCCCUUGUCCCCACAGCUCCAACACUUUAGAAUGUUUACCCCAUCACUGCUGCAGGCUCCCACGCUACUGUUCCUCUGCGGCUGUUUCACACACUCAGGGCCAGUGUGUGUGCGGGGUCUACCCUAGAGGAUGCCCCCAACUGCUGCCUCCUCAGGCAGUGACCACACCCAGCUUGCCAGGCCAAAAGCAAAGGGCAGGAACGGGCUGUGAACACAGGCCCGCGCCCCUGCGGCUCCCAGGAGCCAGUCCUCAGAUGCUAUCGCAGGCUCAUGCUGGCAUGCUCAGGCCCUUGGGAGCUGGCAUCCAGACCAGACCAGCACCGGCCCAAACACGGGGUGAGUCAGAGCUGGACGUCCAGGCCCAGGUUGACCACACCAAGGAUGCGGGGUGGUGCUCGCAGCCUCAGCCCUUCUCGGGAGGCCAGUGUGGAGCAUGUGAACUCACCCUCGGCGGCCCGGGUCGCCCCCUGCAAACACCCCAUUCCUCUCUCGCUUUCACUGAACGUGCGUGAGCUGGGGCUGUACCAGCGGGGCCUCCCUGCAGCAGAUGGUGGUCCAGCAUUGUUCACAACGCCCAGGAUGCUGCCUCAGAUGGCGUCUCCGGCUCUCAUUCCCCACAGACCGCGGACAGGAGGCAGAAGAACCGAGCAAGGGACACGGCACCUACCCAGCAGGCCGGAGGAGGGGCCCGGCUCGUACCUGGCAGGCCGGAGGCUAUGGAGAGGAGCCGCCCCUCACACGUUUAGAGGGAAGAGCAGUUCACCAGGGCGAAGGGGCCAUCAGGCGUCCGGGGGAAGGACAGACCCUGGGUGAAGGCAGGGGCGGGCUCUGAAUGGCCCCUGUGGUAGGGCUCUGGCUGGCUGGGACCGGAGGAGGGCCCCUGGGAAUGAAGUUGGGGAGGAGAGAAGCCACCACUCCCAACAGGCACGUGGUCACGCCUGGCUGAGGGACACUGAAAUCUGGUCCUGCAGCCGGGCGGCCAGACUCAGCUAAGCCCAGAGUGCCCUCUUCCCAGGGGCUAGACAGGGAGGCACUGGGUUGGGAUUCAUGGACUUCAGGGCAUGUGACAGUUAACCAGAGAAGUGAUUAUAUAAACGCGUAUUCCUAGAUCCCACCGCAAAGCCCGGGCAGCUGCGUUUAGGCAGGUGCUCUGAGGGUCACGUUUAGGCAGGUGCUCUGAGGGCCCUGUUUGGAAGCACUGGACCCAGAGAGUGGAAAGUAAUAAAUAAGCUGGGAGGCUGCGAGAGUGCCUGUGCUGACUUCCUGGAACAGAGAGCCAAGAGAACCUGGGUAGAACUGACAAGUCAAGAUGUGGAAGGGACCUCCUCCGCGGCGGUCCAGCGCUUCCCCUGCGGAGGUGGGGGUUCCAUCCCCGCUCUGGGAACUAAGGCCCCACCUGCUGCAGGGCAUCGCAGGAAAGAAAAAGACACAGGUGUGCAUUUUUGACUUACGGAGGUAAGAACUGGAAACAGGAAGCGGCCUCCAGGGAGGCCUGGAGCAGGGCAGGCCAACUUGGACUUCAUUCUUUACAGUCUCAACUCUUUUCUCAAAUACAGCUGUUACCUUUAUUGAAAACAACAACAAACACAAACAAAGCCGAGGGAGAAGUCAGGAGGAGGGGCGGGUGGCCCACGACGUCCCUUGCUUCCUUGGGGCUUCAGCCAGUGGCUGCGCCUGCAGCCUGGCACCCCGCUAC